AUGUCUGAGAGAAAAGUCUUAAAUAAAUACUAUCCGCCAGAUUUUGAUCCGUUGAAAAUCCCCAAAUGCAAGCUGCCCCAAGAUCGGCAAUAUGUGGUGAGAUUGAUGGCUCCCUUCAACAUGAGAUGUAAGACAUGUGGGGAGUAUAUUUACAAAGGCAAGAAAUUUAAUGCCCGCAAGGAGACGGUGCAGAAGGAGCUCUAUCUGGGACUCCCAAUUUUUCGUUUCUACAUCAAGUGUCCCCGAUGUCUAGCUGAAAUCACCUUCAAAACAGACCCUGAGAAUACGGAUUAUGCCAUGGAGCAUGGAGCCACCAGGAACUUCCAGGCUGAGAAACUGCUGGAAGAAGAAGAGAAAAGGAUCCAAAAGCAAAGAGAAGAGGAAGAAGUCAAUAACCCUAUGAAGGUGCUGGAGAAUAGGACAAAAGACUCCAAGCUGGAGAUAGAGGUCCUGGAGAAUCUGCAGGAGCUGAAAGACCUCAACCAGCGUCAGGCCACUGUGGACUUUGAAGCCAUGUUGCAGCAGUGCCUGCAUUCUGAGGAGGAGAAAUGCCAGAGAGAACAGGAGGAGGACCAGAAGGAAAUGGAGGCCAUGAUGGCCCAAGCCAGGUCAAGGAGACUCAUCGAAGACUCUGAUGAAGAGCCCAGUCUUGCCCCUUGCUGGCUGCCUAUUUGGGCCAAGCCCACAGCCAUCUUAGAGGAGAUCCAGCAGAGAAAAAAACAGAAGGUUGAGAGCUGGGUGCAGAGGGUGAGAAUACCCCCAAGCAAGUCCAAACUAGCAGGCCUGGUGGUGGCAAAGAAGGCAGCUGCCCAAAGCCCCAAUAGCAGCAGCAGCAGCAGCAGCAGCAGCAGCAGCAGCAGCAGCAGCAGCAGCAGCAGCAGCAGCGGUGGGCAUGUGGAUUCAACCUCCUCAGGCACAGGCAUUCAGCAGAGUUUGAAGGAGCCUGUUAUGGCAGCCAAGACACCCAGCGCCUCAUCCCUGAGCCAGCUGGGAGUGUAUUCAGACAGUGAAGAUAGCAGCAGCUGA